GCGCCCCGAGCGAGCCCCAUGCCCCGCGCGGGCUGACGGGCCGGAGCCCGCACGGAGCGGCCGGGCCGGACAGGUCCCGCUAGAGCGACAUGAUGGUGGAAUCCGCCUCGGAGACAAUCAGGUCAGCUCCGUCUGGUCAGAAUGGCGUGGGCAGCCUCUCCGGGCAGGCCGAUGGUGGCGGCGGGGCCGGGGCUGCGGGCACAGCCGGAGGUGGCGCGGGCAGGGACACGGCCCCGGGCUCAGACAGCAAUGGCGAGAUGAGCCCUGCGGAGCUUCUGCACUUCCAGCAGCAACAGGCUCUCCAGGUGGCCCGGCAGUUCCUGCUGCAGCAGGCCUCGGGCCUGAGCUCCCCGGGCAACAAUGACAGCAAGCAGUCAGCCUCCGCUGUGCAGGUGCCCAUGUCGGUGGCCAUGAUGUCGCCGCAGAUGCUUACCCCCCAACAGAUGCAGCAGAUCCUGUCCCCGCCACAACUGCAGGCCCUGCUCCAGCAGCAGCAGGCGCUCAUGCUCCAGCAGCUGCAGGAAUACUACAAGAAGCAGCAAGAGCAGCUCCAUCUGCAGCUCCUCACCCAACAGCAGGCUGGGAAGCAGCAACCCAAAGAGGCACUGGGGAACAAACAGCUGGCCUUCCAGCAGCAGCUUCUGCAGAUGCAACAGCUGCAGCAGCAGCACCUGCUCAACCUGCAGAGACAGGGGCUGGUCAGCCUGCAGCCCAGCCAAGCCUCAGGGCCCCUGCAGACCCUCCCGCAAGCAGCCGUGUGCCCAACGGACCUGCCCCAGCUGUGGAAGGGCGAGGGGGCCCCUGGGCAGCCCGCCGAGGACAGCGUCAAGCAGGAGGGGCUGGACCUCACCGGCACGGCCACCACCGCUACCUCGUUCGCCGCCCCCCCCAAAGUCUCACCCCCCCUCUCCCACCACACCCUGGCCAACGGACAGCCCACUGUGCUCACACCUCGGAGAGACAGCUCCUCCCACGAGGAGACCCCCGCCUCCCACCCCCUCUACGGACACGGAGAGUGCAAGUGGCCAGGCUGUGAGACCCUGUGUGAAGACCUGGGCCAGUUUAUCAAACACCUCCACACGGAGCAUGCCCUGGACGACCGCAGCACGGCCCAGUGCCGCGUGCAGAUGCAGGUGGUGCAGCAGCUGGAGAUCCAGCUCGCCAAGGAGAGCGAGCGGCUGCAGGCCAUGAUGGCCCACCUGCACAUGCGGCCUUCGGAGCCCAAGCCCUUCAGCCAGCCACUGAACCCGGUCCCCGGCUCCUCCUCAUUCUCCAAGGUGACCAUCUCCGCAGCAGACUCGUUCCCAGAUGGUCUCGUGCACCCCCCCACCUCGGCCGCCGCCCCUGUCACCCCUCUACGGCCCCCUGGCCUCAGCUCUGCCUCCCUGCACAGCGGGGGCCCCGCCCGCCGGAGGAGCAGCGACAAGUUCUGCUCCCCCAUCUCCUCAGAGCUGGCCCAGAAUCAUGAGUUCUACAAGAACGCUGACGUCAGGCCGCCCUUCACCUACGCCUCCCUCAUCCGCCAGGCCAUUCUGGAAACCCCCGACAGGCAGCUGACCCUAAAUGAGAUCUAUAACUGGUUCACCAGGAUGUUCGCCUAUUUCCGGAGAAACACUGCCACCUGGAAGAAUGCCGUGCGACACAACCUCAGCCUGCACAAGUGCUUCGUGCGAGUGGAGAACGUCAAGGGCGCCGUGUGGACCGUGGACGAGCGGGAGUAUCAGAAGCGGAGACCGCCAAAGAUGACCGGGAGCCCCACCCUGGUGAAGAACAUGAUCUCAGGCCUCAGUUAUGGAGCACUUAACGCCAGCUACCAGGCUGCCCUGGCCGAGAGCAGCUUCCCCCUCCUCAACAGCCCUGGCAUGCUGAACCCUGGUUCUGCCAGCAGCCUCCUGCCCCUCAGCCAUGACGAUGUGGGCGCCCCCGUGGAGCCGCUGCCCAGCAACGGCAGCAGCAGCCCCCCUCGGCUGUCCCCACCCCAAUACAGCCACCAGGUGCAGGUGAAAGAGGAGCCGGCGGAGGCGGAGGACGACAGGCGGCCGGGCCCGGCCCUGGGGGCCCCCAACCCCAGCACCUCGGGGCCUCCGGAAGACAGGGACCUGGAGGAGGAGCUGCCGGGAGAGGAGCUGUCCUAAGGGCCUCCAGGGGCAGGCAGGGCAGGGGUGAGACCCCUCCCUUCCGGAAGCCAGGCCCCACCUACCCCCACUCCACAGCCCCGCCCAAACCUCAAGGCACUUCCAGGACUCAGAUGGGGGCCGGGCCAGCAACGCCCGCUCUGACCUGACUGACAGACGCUCGGGGGCAGGGAUGGUCCCGCCCCCGAGAGGACACAGAACCCCUGGUCUGGGACCAGCAGAGGACACGGAGGGCCCAGACCCCUCCUCAGACCCUUCCCGACAUCUGAAUACCGUCUCCCCCCCAACCACCAGCAGCAGCAGGGCCCUCCUCCCCCACCAGCUGUCCCCUCGGGGCCCCUCAGCGCCAUGGAGACCCGCAGGCGGGGCAAAGCCACCUCUCAGACCCAGGGCCUCUCGCACCUGGCUCCGGCAGUGAUUUUUGGCCAGAGGCCCCCCCUUCCCUCAUUUGUGCUCCCAUUCACCGUCUUUUCUGUACUGUGAAGAAAUAACUCUCCACCUCUAACUCCGGCCCCCGCCCCGGCCUAGAUGGGGGGACUGAAGUUUCAGACCACCCCCCAGAGAAACCAGCCCCCUCAGCUGUGCCCACUCAGAAGCCACAGCUGAGGUGGGACAGGUUGUCCCUGUGGGGGGUCCGUGGGAGCAGGACAGCCAGGCUCCAGCCCCUCCCCCCAUCGCUGAAGUGGGCCUCCACCCUCUGUGCUGGGUGCUUCUCCGGCUGCCCCCACUCCAGGGGGCACAGGAAGAGGCCCAGUGCCAGCCCUCCACAGAGAGGUCUGUGCCAAGUGGGCUUCUGGAGGUGGAGCUGAUGGGAGCCAAGGUACCCUUGAGGCUGGAGCUGGGGCCAGAGGUGGCGCCCAGCUGCAGCACCCUGUGUCUGUCGCGGGGAAAGGCCAGGCUGAAACCAGGCUGAGGGGCAGGUGAGAUUAAUAUGGUGGCUGCUGUGACCCAACAGGUCAGCCCUGCCCCCAGCCUACAGGUCCCCCUUGCAGUCCUCCCUCACCCUCCCUCAGCACCCAGUCCCUGUCCCCCCAGUUAAACGGAUGACCAAAGACCUUUCUUA